CAUAAGAGAUAAUCAGUUUGUAAAAACAGUCAACUAGGCUAACAGUGACAACAGUAAGAUAACAUUUAAUAUGUAGAUUUUUGACAUAGAAGUAUAAAAUGAAUACAUGAAUAAAAAUCCAAUUAAAGUCAGUUAAAAUGUAUUUCUAUUUCCGGUGUUAUAAGUUUGCAACGUUUUAAAUCUUUCUGGGUGGUAUUCAGUUACAAAUCUUGGUAAAUAUUGUAAAUUCUAUUUUACAGUCAUAACUUGGGUUAUAUAAUCUAAAACCAUUAAAAAAGAUGAGUGUUGUGUUGAGGUUGUGUCCUUGCUAAUUAUAUGUACAUUUUGGCUGUGUUACUUCUUUGAAAUGGGUGGUUCUAACCCCCACCCACCCUUAUUUGAUUCCAAAGGUUCUUUGUCAGUAAAAUAUUUUUGAGCUGUUAUCCUGGAAUUCAGUCAUAUCAAACCUGACAAAUCUGGCUGCAACAAUGAAUUACUUACUGGCUCUGGCGUUGCUGGUGUGUGCGUUGCCUUCAGUGUCAGCGCAAUGCUUUCAAAAGCUUCCUACACCAGGUAUGGAACAAUGUCAGGAUCAUGUGGAUAACACCUGGCAUGAUAUGGGUUCUACAUGGAUAAACAGUAAAUGUAUGAGAUGUACCUGCAGUGACUGUUGUGCUGCGUACAGCACCCCAACAUCAUAUCCUGAGGACUGUGAGGCUGUGUUUGACCAAAAGGCAUGUAAAUACAAUGUGCACAAGAAGAAUGACCCCUCUGUUUCAUGCCCAGUGCAUGGAGCAGUGGGCAAAUAAAGGAAUAAUGCCUUGGUUGAAGUGAAAUUUACGACAUGUGUUUCAGCCAGUCAAAUCAUUGAAAUAUUUUCUGCU